CAUCCACCAAGCUUCACCAACGCUAUUCUCAUCGUCACCUCCACUUUAGCAUACCCACAACCACAAUCACAGCUACACAGUCCUCGCCAUGUCUGAGCGAAAGGUCCUUCAGAAAUACUAUCCCCCAGACUUCGAUCCCUCAAAGAUCGUCCGCCACAAGGGCCCAAAGCCAACAGGGCCAAAGCAACAAACUGUCCGCCUGAUGGCACCUUUCAGCAUGAAAUGUCUAAACUGUGGAGAGUUCAUCUACAAGGGCCGUAAAUUCAACGCCCGGAAGGAGCACUCUGGAGAGAAAUACUACAACAUCUCCAUCUUCCGGUUCUACAUCCGCUGCACCAGAUGCUCGUCAGAAAUCACCUUCAAGACGGACCCGAAGAACAUGGACUACACAUGCGAGAAAGGUGCCAUCCGUAACUUCGAGCCGUGGAGGGACACCCGGGAGAAAGACGAGACGGAAGAAGAACGUUUAAACCGACUAGAAGAGGAGGAGAACGAGAGCGCCAUGGCGAAGCUAGAGACCAAGACUCUUGACUCGAAGCGUGAAAUGCAGAUUGCCGAUGCCUUGGACGAGAUCAGGACAAGGAAUGCCCGGAACGAGCGAUUCGACUCGGCAGAUGUACUGGACACGCUACUAGAGGUUCCGGAUCCGGCGGAAUUAGAGUUGAUGAGGCAGGAGGAGGAGGAUGCCGAGCUUGCUAGGAAGGCGUUCAGGACGGAGGAGGACAAGUUUGUUCGGAGGGUGGUGGAUGACGGUGCGGAUGGGACGGACCCCCCAAAAGAGGGAGUCAAGGCUGACAUCCCGUCUUUCAAAAAGACCGUCAAGAGGAGACGGGACAUGGGCACUGCGCUGGGCAUAAAGAAGAAGCUCAAGCCACUUGUAUAACAUAUUGAAAGCACAUAGUUAAUUUGCAUUGUAUGAUACUCCCAAUCUUACCCCAAUAC